AUGUCUUCAGAUUCCAAUCCGCAGCUUUGCAUGCCAGGGUUCAAUGUAAAGCUGAACUGUGAGCCUGAUAAAAAUGUGAUGAACAAGUGGUCUAAAGGCUUUCCUAAUGCGUUGGAUGGGCUAGACCAGGGAGAAGGCGGCAUGAGCGACUUGGUGACUCAUCGAGAACUUCUGAUGAUGCAAGUGAUGAAUACCAUUGUCAAUAAGCCUCAAUGGGAUCAGAAAGUCUUCAACAAGGACAUCACGACCAAAUGGCGCAACGAGAUUGCGGAAAGCGGUCAAGAUGUGACUCCUAGUAUGAUGGACUGGAUCAUCAAAGAGCUUCAAUGGAAAGCCAACAUCCUUCAAGAGACGGGCUAUGUCCGUGUUUUUGAUGUAGGUGUGGUCUACUCCGAUACUACCGUUUCGAAAGAGAUACAAUAUAUGCUGAAAGAGGCAGCAAAAUCUCUCGAGGAUGUACCGGAGAAAGAUUACCAUCCCGGCUCUGACAAAAAAGUGGUUGAUCUGGUGCAUCCUUCACUAUACCCUGUGAUCUAUGGCCAAACUCGCGUGCUUCCGGACAGAGUCAUUGGUCUCAAUGACUGUCUAGGAAGCGUGGGACAGGGAGAUCUUAUCCCAGUUCCUUCGAGCCAAAAUGACGACGCAAUCUCAGAAAUUCAAGCUUUUUACCGCCGUCAUUCUAGCAUUGAUGUCUUCAGCGAUAAGUUUCAAUGGCUUCCGUGCGACGUGGAACUCGUCGAUAACGCUAGCUGUCGAAUCAUCUCAUACAUCAACAAUGCCCACCCUAUUCACCAUAAGCCUCUCUAUGAGGCCGUUGAGAAAGUCAUUGCUCGGGCCAUCCCGCUCUGGAACCGGAGUCUGUCCGUGAUCUGCACUCCAAGAAUCGAGUACAGUACGGUCGACUAUGGUGAGCAUCCAGACCCUGAGCCUGCCCAGCCGGAGGGUGAUGAUGACGACGAAGAGUUCUGGGAACUCCAUGAAGAGUGGCAAAGUACCUGCCCUAUCCUCCUUCCUGAACCAGCCAACUUUGAGCCUCGAAAAGAAACGUAUAGUGCCAACCUACGAGAGCAAUUUCCCGAUAGGAAGCUACAGAUAAUCGUGAAGCUAGCGAACAUUGAAUUGAGCCCAGACAACCCCAAUUAUGAAGGAGGCUCUUGGCACAUUGAGGGACAGUUGAACGAGCGUAUCUGUGCUACCGCAAUCUACUACUACGACAGCGAAAACAUAACCGAUAACUCAUUGGCAUUUCGUCAACGCGGUAUGAUGGAUAUGCUAGAUAUUGGAUACGAGCAAGGGCGGUUCGAAUUCUUACAGGCUGUCUUUGGUUUUGGCGCUUGGGGGGUCCCUUGCAAGGAAGGACGGCUACUCACUUUCCCUAACACUGUCCAGCAUCGGGUCUCCCCAUUCUCGCUAGUCGACCCAUCUAAGCCUGGCCAUCGCAAGAUCCUUGCUCUAUUUUUGGUUGAUCCCCAUCGUCGGAUUAUCUCCUCGGCCAAUGUGCCUCCACAGCAGGAGGAUUGGGGUUACGACAGACAGAAUGCUGUGAAUCAGGCUUUGGGAAAAUUACCAGUGGAGCUGCAGAAUAUCGUUCAUGCUGACUUGGACCCCCUUAUGACUAUGGAGAAGGCCAAAGAGUACCGAUUGGAGCUCAUGGAGGAGCGUGGGCUCAGGUCAGCAAAACAUAACAGGCAUUUUGAGUCGGGCGACUUCGGCUUGUGUGAGCAUUGA